AUGAACUCCAGCGGCCCGGGUUACCCGCUCGCCUCGCUCUACGCGGGCGACCUGCACCCCGACGUGACUGAGGCCAUGCUCUACGAGAAGUUCUCUCCCGCUGGCCCCAUCCUGUCCAUCCGCGUGUGCCGCGACGUGGCCACUCGCCGCUCGCUGGGCUACGCGUACAUCAACUUCCAGCAGCCGGCCGACGCGGAGCGAGCACUGGACACAAUGAACUUUGAGGUGAUCAAAGGCCAGCCCAUCCGCAUCAUGUGGUCCCAACGAGACCCAGGACUUCGCAAGUCGGGUGUCGGCAACAUUUUCAUCAAGAACCUGGAAGACUCCAUUGACAACAAGGCCUUGUAUGACACCUUCUCCACCUUUGGGAACAUCCUCUCUUGCAAGGUGGUGUGUGAUGAUCGUGGCUCCCGAGGCUUUGGCUUUGUGCAUUUUGAGACCCACGAGGCUGCACAGAACGCCAUCAGCACCAUGAACGGGAUGCUGCUGAAUGACCGCAAAGUCUUCGUUGGCCACUUCAAGCCCCGACGGGAACGUGAUGCAGAGCUGGGAGCUCGGGCCAUGGAGUUCACCAAUAUCUACGUGAAGAACCUCCACGUGGACGUGGAUGAGCAGUGCCUGCAGGACCUCUUCUCCCAGUUUGGGAAGAUACUGAGUGUCAAGGUGAUGAGGGAUGACGGCGGCCACUCCCGCGGCUUUGGCUUUGUCAACUUUGAGACGCAUGAGGAAGCCCAGAAGGCUGUGAUGGACAUGAACGGGAGGGAGGUGAGUGGACGGCUGCUGUACGCAGGCCGGGCCCAGAAGCGGGUGGAACGGCAGAAUGAGCUGAAGCGCAGGUUCCAGCAGAUGGAGCAGGACCGGCUGACCCGUUACCAGGGCGUGAACCUGUAUGUGAAGAACCUGGAUGACUCCAUCGAUGAUGAGAAACUGAGGAAAGAGUUCUCUCCCUAUGGAGUGAUCACCAGUGCCAAGGUGAUGACAGAGGGUGGCCACAGCAAAGGGUUUGGCUUUGUGUGUUUUUCCUCUCCAGAAGAGGCGACGAAGGCCGUGACAGAGAUGAACGGGCGCAUCGUGGGGACCAAGCCACUGUACGUGGCACUGGCCCAGCGCAAGGAGGAGCGGAAGGCCAUCCUGACCAACCAGUACAUGCAGCGCCUCUCCACCAUGCGGGCCCUGGGCAGCCCCCUCCCGGGCUCCUUCCAGCAGCCUGCCAGCUACUUCCUGCCCGCUGCGGCCCAGCCUCCAGCCCAGGCUCCAUACUAUGGCUCUGGCCCAGCUGUCCAGCCUGCCCCCAGGUGGACGGCCCAGCUACCCAGACCCUCGUCCGCCUACCCGCCUGCGGCCUCGGUUGCCCAGCCAGCAGCUGUGUCUCGGCGCCCCUCAUUCCCCAUCGGCAGUGCCAGGCAGAUCUCCACCCACGUGUCACGCCUGGUGCCCCACGCCCAGGGAGUGGCCAACAUCGGUACCCAGACCACAGGACCUGGUGUGGCAGGAUGCUCUUCACCAAGGGGGCCUCUCCUGACACACAGAUGUGCCUUGGCAACACACAACACCCACCGGGUCCAGGAGCCUGCUGUGCGUGUCCCUGGACAGGAGCCCCUGACUGCGUCCAUGCUGGCCGCGGCGCCGCUGCACGAGCAGAAGCAGAUGAUCGGUGAGCGUCUCUACCCCCUUAUCUACAAUGUCCACACCCAGCUGGCCGGCAAGAUCACGGGCAUGCUGCUGGAGAUGGACAACUCGGAGCUGCUGCUCCUCUUGGAGUCCCCAGAGUCCCUCAACGCCAAGGUCGAAGAGGCUCUGGCGGUGUUGCAGGACCACCAGGCCACGGAGCAGACUUGAGUGCACGUGCGCCGGGACCAGAAAAUGGACUCCUCACUCCCUUGGCGGACAAGAGAACAGCAUUUCCGGCUCUUGGCUCUAAGGCCCUGUGAACCGUAACUUCCCAUCUGGGCUGUACCUGCACUUGCGCUUUUUGUGAAAUGAAGGCUGGUCACCCGGCCAGCC